AUGCUAUUCAAAAAUUCCCCUAUCCGAUAUAUAUCACAUGAAAUGAAGUCAAUGCCCAAACCGCCUCCAGGAACAGGGGUAGUAUUUCAUGGGCGAUUACAAAAAGUUAAAUAUGCUAUAAAUUUUCCAAGUUAUAUUUUUAUAAUAUUUUCGGGAUUUAUGGGAGCUAUGUCAGGAAAUUUUUUUUAUAAAAAAUAUAUUUUACGAAAAAAUCCUCCAAAUCCAUUAAGAGAUCCAAACGAUUUACCUCCUGAGAAACAUCCACACACACCCGAAGACGAUUAA